ACAUUACCCAUAAUGCCAUUUAAAGAAUGCAGCAUGCCAUGCAGCGAGCUUCCGGUGAAAAUUAGACAGUCCAAAGAUGGCGGACCUCCUGGGCUCGAUCUUGAGCUCGAUGGAAAAGCCUCCAACCGUUCACGACCAAGAAAGCCGACGGAAAGCUAGAGAACAAGCUGCCAGACUGAAGAAGAUGGAGGAGGAUGAGAAGAGAAAGAAAGCAGAGUUUAGGAAAAAGAUGGAGAAGGAGGUGUCCGAGUUCAUUCAGGACAGCACACUGAAGAAGAAGAAAUAUGACCCAAUGGGCAAGAUCGAGAGAAGCAUAUUGCAUGAUGUGGCUGAGGUGGCUGGACUAUCAUCAUUUUCUUUCGGUGAGGAUGAAGAGGGCAGAUAUGUCAUGCUGUUUAAAAAGGAGUUUGCGCCAUCAGAUGAAGAACUGGAGGCUUAUCGGAAGGGUGAGGAGUGGGACCCGCAGAAAGCCGAGGAGAGACGUCGGCUAAAGGAACAGGCUGCACUGGAGAUGGAAAAGGCCAGUCGCACUCAGAAGAGGCCUGCGUCACCCAAUUCAAACUACAGAGACAAAUACAGCCAUCUGAUUGGAACAUCUGCUGCUAAAGAUGCCGCCCACACGCUUCAAGCCAACCGGACAUAUGGCUGUGUCCCUGUGGCCAAUAAGAGAGACACUCGCUCCAUUGAGGAAGCCAUGAACGAGAUCAGAGCCAAAAAAAGACUGAAGAAAGGUGAGGAGGAAGCCACUGGCAGCGGCAGCAGUGUGUGAGAGCGGUGUGUGUAUAUGAUCAGUUGUUAUGCAGAACAGAAGAGUGAUUGAACAGUAUUUUACUCCUAUAACAAUGUUUUACAUGAACAGCAGGGUUUGAUAAAGAUGAAUUGUCAUGCACAUAAAGGCAGUUUAAAACUGCCGCAGGAUAACCGUACUGUCCUAAAAUGCUUUCACCUCUAUAUUACUGUCCCAAAUAAUGUGUUUUUAGACUUCAUUAUUAGAAUAAACAGAAACGUGGUGUUUAAUAUUGAAAAUUCCUUUGUAGUUUGGCAUGGUGAUAUAAUGGCUCUUUUUAAAGUAAAGUCACAUUUGGUCUUAGAAUAGCUUUCAUUUGCAUAAAUUGCUUAAAACAGUCAUAUUUAUUGCCUUGAUAUAACUGUGGUAGGUAUGUUUGACUCCAUGGCUGUUUUAAUGUUCCUUUUAAGUCAUUAAGCAGUAUGUCCUUAAACUAGUAGUUGUUUCUCGUUACUGUUUAUUUGCUUUGUUUAAAUUUGGUUGAGGACCAUUUUAAGUGCUCCUUGUACCUUUUAUGUACAGGUGUUGUAUGCAGAUGGUUUUUAGUUCUAAUAAGCAUAUAUAUCAUCUCAUCCAUAGCUAACAUAUUUUGUCCAUUUACGCCGGCUUAUCAUUCUGAGCUGUGAAUCAUUAUGUCCUUGUGUAUAUGGACUAGAUGGAUCAAACAAAUAAAAUUGUGUGGUGUCAUAGA